GUCAGGACUGGAGGCCGAAGGUCAGGACUGGAGGCCAGCAACUUGACUGCCGAGCAGGAAGUUUGUGACAGGAGUGCUGGGCUCGAGUCCUGCUGCAGCUUAGGGACUGAAGAGUGAGGAAGCCAGCAGUAAAAGCAGCACCCUUCUGGUGGUCAGUGGCAAAAUCAGGACCCCUAAAAUGGCCAGCGGUGAAGUCAGGACCACUGUGGAGGCCAAAGGUCAGGACUGGAGGGCAGCAGCGAAAACAGGACCCCUCUAGAGGCCAGCAACAAAGGCAGUACCCCUAUAGAGGCUGGUGGUGAAGUCAGGACCACUGUGAAGGCCAAAGGUCAGGACUGGAGGCCAGCAACUGGAGUGCGGAGCAGGAAGCUGGUGACAGGACUGCUGGGCUCGAGUCCAGCCACAGUUUGGGGACUGAAUACAGAUCUGGAGGGCAGUGGCUAAGGCAGGACCACUGUGGAGGCUGGAGGUCAGGACUGGACCGGACUCUCAUCCACCACAGUGUAACUGUCAGAGGUCUGUCAUGACUGCGGACAUUUGCUUAAAGCUUUGCAUGUCUUCUGACACAAAGACUUCUAAGACGACAGUCAAAAGGUAGAACCCCUCUGAAGGUCGGAGGUGAAGUCAGGACCUCUGUGGAGGCCAAAGAUCCCCCUGCUGGAUACCUCCGGUUAUGAAAACCUGUUCACAUGAGGACGUCACAGUGACAUUACAGUGGCUUUUAUUUUGAAACAUGUGAUUUCACUGCAGUUAGACAGCAAAUCUUCAUGUGUGUCACAUGUUCUCCUGUUUUCACCGUGUCAGCUCUCCACUGCUGGAAACAUGAAGAUCCUCAUCUUGGUUGCUCUGAUCCUUCAGGUGAUCAUAGUACAAGAGACUGAUGGGUAUAAAUUUGGAGACAUAAUUGAGUUUGGAAGGGGAUGUCCCUGCAAACCUGCAUACAAGCACUAUGGUAUUUAUGUGGGCCCACAGAGCGGUGUAAACAUCAGCCAGGGUGAUAACGACAUCUUUCACCACACAGUUACUGGAUGCACAUUUGGCAAACUUGCAAACACAAGAGGAAAAUGGAUAAAGGAGAAAGUGGACAAUUACUUAGAUGACUAUGUAGACCCAUCAACAAACGAUGAAGUAAAGACCCGAAUCUCCGAAGCCAUUGAAAACUGUCCAAGAUAUCAUGUCACCAACAGGAACUGUGAACACCUCGCCACCUUUGUGCGCUACGGCUUGAGAGUUUCAAUGCAGGCUGGUACGGCUGUCAAAUUUAUUCAAGACAUACUAAAUAGCAGGAGAAACAAGAUUAAAAUACAACAGAGACAACAAGCGGACCUAGAAGCAGUCGAACAACAAGUAGAACAACUAACACAAGAAAUACAACAACGAUUAGACGACCUGAGAGCUGAGGAGCAAAGUGGAUCAGAACCAGAACCUGCAGACUGUGAAGCUAUCUGCAAGAAACCAAAGUAACGGGUUUGUUGUCAGCCUGUCUUGCUCUCUUCUUUCCUCAUAUGAUGAUGAA